AUGAUUUCAUUCUCAUCCUUUCCAUCGACCUCGGAUGUAUCUGGGGGCUAUAGCAAAACAAGACACCAUCCCGAUGUCGAAGAAGACGUUCUCAUGGAAGACGAAGACGACUUCGAAGGAGCUGUGUACAGGCUCACCGUUCCAGGAGAGCCUAUAACGUCCUCUCAGGCAUUCAUGCGAGGUCACGGAACUUAUGUCGACAGCGACGAAGUCAUUGCGGCCGUUGCAGGAACGGUGGAGCGCGUAAACAAGCUUAUCACAGUGCGUGCCGUACGCAGCAGAUAUAAUCCCGAGGUUGGUGAUCUCGUAGUGGGACGCAUCACCGAAGUACAACCUCGCAGAUGGAAAGUCGAUGCCAACUCUAGGCAAGACGCAGUGCUCAUGCUCUCAUCUGUGAAUUUGCCCGGUGGUGUACAAAGACGAAAAUUGGAGAGCGACGAGCUGCAAAUGCGCACGUUUUUCGAAGAAGGCGAUCUGCUCGUGGCUGAGGUCCAAGCAUUCUUCGCGGAUGGCGCCAUGUCCCUCCACACCCGCUCUCUUCGGUACGGGAAGCUGCGAAACGGUCAGCUCGUGACGAUCCCACCAAUUCUCAUCCGUCGACUGAAGUCUCACUUCGUCUCACUGCCUUGCGGAGUGGACCUCAUCCUCGGCCUAAACGGCUACAUCUGGGUCAGCAAGCACACCAAGCAAAGCGAGCAAGAAGGAGAAGAGGGAUUUGAUGCGGAGGCCGUAUACUCUAACAAGAACGACCGAAUUGACGAUGCCACACGAGCGGCGAUCUCGCGCGUGAGCAAUAUCAUCAGAAUACUGGCGGCACAUUUUGUGCCCCUGACGGAUGCCAUAUUACUGGAAGCAUACGAAUGGGUAGUGGAGCAGGAAAGCACUGUGAAAGACCUAUUGAAUGACGAGUUCGGAGACAACAUGGUAGCUAGCAUAGGCGUAGGAAUGCGUCAAUGA